CGCGAAAUAAUUUGAGAUUUCGUGGGUCGUCGACUUCACGCAACGACAACGUACGCUGCAUUAUCUUGAAAAAGUUAAAGGCCAACUUUUAAAUAAGGUACCGUAAGUUCAUUUUCAUUAGCUGUUAUUGAAGAGUGAAAUUUCACAAUGUCUGGACAGCAAAGUGAUGUGGUUGAGACCCUCUCAGCAUCAGAUGAGAUGAUGGAAUCACUUCCCUGUAGCCAACCAGGGGUCCUGACACCUGAGAAACUGAAAGAAGCAGAAAUGGCAUCUACUGGUGAUGAAGCAAGUGAAUGUCAGAUGCCUGGCGGAACAUCUGGUCGAACAUCCCCAGCCAGUAGUACUGGACAGAUCAGUGAUGUAAACGUUAGUAAUGAUGAGAUCAUGAUCACUGACAGUAUGCUUGCUGAAGAAGAGAAAUUGAAACAGAAUGCCGAAGAAGACCAGAAAUUACAGGAGUUUGAGUCUGGUGAUAGUUGGAAAAAGGAAUUGGAGGAGCAGCGAUACAAGAGACUUCAGCAUCUCCUUCAGAAAAGCAGCAUUUAUACUAACUUUCUUCUCACUAAGAUGGAUGAACAACAAGCUAAAGAGCGCAAGAGACAAGAAAAACAGGCUCAGAAAAGGAAAGAAGAGGAAAAGAGGCAAAAGAAAGAGAGGGAAGAAAAAGAUGAUAAAGAGAAGCUUGAUACUCCUAAAAGGUCAAGAAGAAGUGGAAGAAAACAGGACGUAGAUAGUAGUCAAGAAAGUGGUAGUCAAGAAGGAGCAGGAAAGAAAAUCUCAAAGGGCAAAACACAAAAUAGUGAAACAGAUUUAGCCAAGAGGGGCAAGAAGAGAAAGGCAGAGACAUAUUCCAUUGCUGAUUAUUUGGACAAAGAGGUGCUGACCAAUACAUCAAAGAAGCAGAAUGUAGAUUGCACAGACAAGGAGGCCGAUACAACAAUAGAUGCUGUUGGUGAUGAGACUGUCAAAGGUAGUAAGAGUGGCUUUGUUGAUACAUUCAGUAGAGAGAUUAAUGGGGAGAAAGUCUCUGAUCUGCAGCCUGUACUCUUCUCUGGUGGUGUGCUUAGGAAAUAUCAACUGGAUGGCAUGGAGUGGCUCAAGGUGUUGUAUGAGAAUGGUGUCAAUGGUAUCUUAGGUGAUGAAAUGGGACUUGGUAAGACUAUACAGUGUAUAGCUCUAUUUGCCUAUGUGAUUGAGAUGGGAGUACCUGGUCCAUUUCUAGUGUGUGCCCCACUGUCAACUCUCCCUAACUGGGUGUCAGAAUUUCAGCGUUUCACCCCAAAGAUUCCAGUGUUGCUAUACCAUGGUACCAAAGAUGAAAGAACUAAGAAGAGAAAGCAGAUUAGGAAGAAGAUUGGUGAGCACCAAUCUCACCCUAUUGUCAUUACAUCAUAUGAGAUUGUCAUGAAUGACAGAACUCAUCUACAAGGAUUACAGUGGAAGUACGUCAUCGUAGAUGAGGGACAUCGUAUCAAGAAUCUCAACUGCAGACUUAUUAAGGAACUAAAGAUGUACCAGACAGCAAAUCGUCUUCUCUUGACAGGUACACCUCUACAGAACAAUCUUGCUGAACUCUGGUCUAUGCUUAAUUUUCUCUUGCCAGAAGUCUUUGAUGAUCUCAAUACAUUCCAAUCUUGGUUUGAUUUCUCCACCCUAUCUAAGGAAGGUGGUGAUGAGGCUAUCAUUGCCCAGGAAAGAGAACAACAUGUCAUAUCAAUGCUUCAUCAGAUAUUGACUCCUUUCUUACUGCGCCGCUUGAAGGCUGAUGUGGACCUGAUGAUACCACCCAAGAAAGAGCUCUUAGUCCAUGCCCCUCUCACCAAACACCAAGAAGAGUUUUAUAAAUACACUCUGGACAAGACUAUCAUGGACAGGAUACAGGAAAGAGAUGAGCCCACUCCUACUCCUAUUGAGCUGACACCUUCUGGGCGCCCAAAGAGAAGAGCCAAGAAUGUCAACUAUGCUAUCAUGAUGGAAUCUGGAAAGAAAGAGAAAGAGAAGAAAAGCAAGCAGAGGAUCAACUUUGAAAAGGAAGAAAAUGAAAUUAUCCAGUGGGUGGAGAUGAUUGAGAAACAACUAGAAAAGGAAGAGAAAGUUACAAAGGCUAAGAAAGCUGAAUCUUCAGUUGUAAACAUCAAACUCCAGAAUGUAAUGAUGCAGCUGAGAAAGUGUUGUAAUCAUCCGUAUCUCCUAGAGUACCCUCUAAUAGAAGCUACAGGGGAGUAUCGGGUAGAUGAAGAGCUGGUUACUUCCUGUGGCAAGAUGAUGGUGGUGGAUAGGCUCCUUCCUGCUCUCAAGGAGAGGGGUCAUAAGGUUUUGAUAUUCUCUCAGAUGACAACGAUGAUGGAUAUCCUAGAAGACUAUUGUCAUUUGAGAAGUUAUCAAUACUGUAGACUGGAUGGCAGUACAUCUAUAGAGGACAGGCAGGCAAGAAUGAAAGAAUUCAACACAGACCCAGAUGUAUUCUUGUUCUUGUUGAGUACUCGGGCAGGUGGUCUUGGAAUCAACCUUACAGCAGCUGAUACUGUUAUCAUCUAUGACAGUGAUUGGAAUCCACAGAGUGACCUUCAGGCUCAAGAUAGAUGUCAUCGUAUUGGUCAGACCAAACCAGUAAUCAUCUAUAGACUGGUCACUGCUAAUACUAUUGAUCAGAAGGUUGUAGAGAGAGCUGCUGCUAAACGCAAGUUGGAGAAGAUGGUCAUUCAUCAAGGUAAAUUCAAAGGAGGCAAGAGCAACCUGGCAAAGGACCACAAAGCACUGAUUAAUCCGAAGGAACUCUUGGAUCUCCUGCGUUCCUCUGAUCACAGUGGUGAGGUGAAGAAUGACAAAGGUAUCAGUGACAGCGAUCUCCAGCUCCUUCUGGACAGGUCUGACCUCAUUGCACAGCAGAACAGGAGGAAUGGCAAGCAAGUUGAAGAGUCAAAGGUCAAAGAAUUUCCAGAAUGGCUCAAGGUUAUUCAAGGUACAGAAGAAAUGGAGAUGGAAGCCUGAAAAGCCUUUGAAUGUUCUGCUGUCAAGUUCUUAGGUGUUCCUGCAAUUUCUGCUGGUUCGCUCUUUACUAAGUGCAGUUUCAUUCUUUCAUUUUCUGGUGGAAUGUUUACCACUAGUUCAAUUCUUGGCCUUUAUAAGCUCCAAACAUUGGACAGAACAUUGUAAUGUCUGUAAAACGAGACAAGAUUGUUAAACCAGUGUCAGGCAGACAGCCUAUAAAAACAGUACUAUAUUAUCAGGUCAUUCUUUCAUCAUUUGCCUUGUUCUAAUUUUCAUGCUCAUACCAUCAUAUGUGAGUCACCUUGAAAUAUGUGAUAAAAAUGUUUCUUGAAUGGAAACAAGGAGACAACUUCUGAGUGGUUUAUAUGUCCAUGUGCCAAAUGUGUCAUGUAUAAGUAGUGCAGAUAUGAAUUUGUGAAACUAACACAUCGCCUUCUGAGUGGAGUUAUUGACAAUCAUUUAAAGGGAAAUGAAACCUUUGGAAUAAGUAGGCUUGUGUCGAAACAGAAAAAUCAAAGAAUAAGAACAAAGAAAGU